AAUUUUAUUUGAUUUUACCACUCAUAUUGAUGUCCGUUAAGUCAAUAAAUCGUGUCAAAUCUAUAGAUUUCGGCUACAGCUCAUUGUAUAAUGCGAAAUAUCGUGAAAAAAUGCAAGUGACCUGCAGUAGGUACAUUAAUUCAGGUCAGCGGCCAGGAGAUCGUUCAUGGUCUCCACCGUUAAAUGUGGUAACACUAACGAUGAUAAUUGUUUUUCCGGGGAUUCCCCAACGACACUUGUAGCGUAUCAUUGGGUUUCUCUUUCCUUUUAUUUUACUUUGACGUCGUCAGUGAACAGUGAGUACCUACCUACUCCAGCACAAUCGAAUAUUGUAUUGUUUAAAUAAAUUAGAAAACUAAAAUUAUGGAUAAAAAGAAGAAACCCAGUGGUGCAUUUAAACGUAAACAACGUCAAGAAAAAUAAGAUAGUAAACAAAAAUUGCCCAAAAUUGACAAGUUUUUUAGUCAGCCUUCUGCAAGUACAUCUGGCCAAAAUAUUUCUAUUGAUAGUGACUCAAAUAAUGUGGUAACUGCAGUGUUGGUUGAGAAGCCUACUGAAGAAGAUUCGACAAUUAUUGCAGUUGGAGAUACCUCCGCCGCCGAUCAUGUGAACCUGGAUGAUGUUUGCAUGACACACAUAAGAGCGGAGGGUUUGGAGGAACCACAGACCUCUACAUUUUUCGAAAAUGUGUACGACAAAUCUUCUUAUGACUUGGGAAACUUCACGCACAAAAUAUUAAGUGAUAACGAAAAACGUCAAAUUCUUGAUAUCGGGCCUUUACAGCCUUCAGGACCUUUUCCAACAGACAUCAACCAGAACAAUAGACGCUGCCUAUUGUCAACCCUGCUGGUUAUUUGCUUCACAGAGGAAUAAUGUUUGGUGUGCGGGAAUUCGAGAUUGGAAGCAUUUAUCAGAAAGAAUUAAACAACACAGUUGUUCGAGUAGCCAUUCAGAAGCAUGUGCUGUGUAUGAAUUGUGGAAAAAAAAACGAUACUAAUACUAUCGACAAGGAACUUGAAAAUGAAAUUCGCAAAGAAGCUUCAUUUUGGAAAAUGGUUCUUCGAAGGUUAUUCGAUAUCAUACUUACCCUAGCAAAGAGUUCUUUGGCUUUGAGAGGACAUCAAGAAGACUUAAGUCAGGAAGGAUACCACGGAAAUUUUCUGUCCUUUGUAGAGCUUGUCGCCCGAUAUGAUCACAUUUUGCGGCAAGUUUUGGAUAUGCCCAAAGGAUCUACAAGAUAUCUGAGUGCAACAAUUCAAAAUGAAAUGAUUGAGAGCUUAGGGACCAAACUCGAAACCCAUCUACUAGCACCAAUAGAGCGUCACCGUUUUUUGCCAUCAUAAUCGAUACGACACAGGACAUAUCAAAGGUAGAUCAGCUAAGCAUUGUUGUGAGGUAUGCAGUAAUAACCAGAUCGGAAAAUGGACAGCCAAUUGAUAUAGAAGCAAAGGAAGUGUUUCUAGACUUUUAUGCAGCCAUCAAACAUGGCGCAGUAGAUUUAGUCAACCAAGUGAAAGCAUUAUUUAUCGACAAAAAUAUUGAUUUAAAAAAAUGUGUGGGGCAAGGCUAUGAUGGAGCCAGUGUGAUGAGUGGUGUGUACAAUGGUGUACAAAAACAUAUCAAGGAUAUUCAGCCUAACGCAGAGUACGUACAUUGUGCCACUCAUAAUUUAAAUUUGGUCAUAAAUUAUGCCGUUAGCAGUUGUGUGGAAAUACAGAUUUUUUUCGCAACGUUGCAAGAUUUGUAUAACUUUUUCGGAAACAGCAUCAAACGUUGGGAUCUACUGUCAAAAUUCACUGGCGAAUCGGGGACCACUCUAAAAAAACUAAAUCCGACUAGAUGGUCCAGUAGGGUCAAUACGAUAUCUGCAAUAAAACUUCGUUAUUUUGAUAUUAUCAAAGCAUUAACAGAAAUAGUUCUAAAGAGUCCUAAUAAAGAUGAGCGUAGUGAAGCAGAGAGUAUUAAAACGAAAAUGCUAAAUUUCGAGUUCGUGUUGCUUUGUGAAUUCAUGCACAGUGUAUUGAACGACAUCAAUUAUUCAUCCAAAACUUUACAAAAAUGCGACAUCAAUUUGGGCGAGGCGAGUAAAGUUUUAGCAGAGAUCAAAGCAAAGUUGCAAAUUUAUAGGAAUGAUUUCGAAUUAUUCAAGUGCAAAGCCAGUGAAACUGCAAGAAAAUAUGGUAUUGUUACCCAUUUUCAAGAAAAAAGGCAAAUAAAAGUUAAAAAACAUUUUGAUGAAUUAGCUGCUGAUCACCGAUUUCCAAACCGAGAAAAAAAAUUUUAAAUUGAGAUUUUCAAUAAUGUACUAGACACAAUAAUAUCUCAAUUAGAUACACGUUUUAUUGGUAUGAGUGCAGUCUGUCAUAUAUUCGAUUGUCUAACGCCAACAUUUUUAUCACAUGUUGAUGAAGCAACUUUAUUACAAAAGUGUGACGAAUUCUAAAGAAAAUAUUCAGAUCUAAUAGGCCCUAGUUUUUCACUUCAAUUUAUUAAUAUUUACCACCUAGUUUUACCUAAACUAACUCAAGCAUGGACUAUUCACCAAUUAUGUAAGGAAAUAAUGAGCAAAUAUGGAGUGCUAGAAUGUGACCGAACGGAAGUAUUUACAGCACUGUUAUUAUUUUUUACAAUUCCUGUCACUUUUGCAGCAGCUGAAAGGUCAUUUAGCAAAUUAAAAAUAAUAAAAAAUUAUUUAAGAAAUAAUAUGGGCCAAACUCGACUCCGACAUUUAUCACUAAUAGCAAUUGAAAACAAAACCGCGUCAAGCCUGGAUUUGAACGAAGUCAUUGAUACUUUUGCGAAAACUAAAGCUAGAAAAAAAUUGUAAAUAUAAUUGUUAUUUAGUCAAUUGGUAUGCCCGACCAAUAUAAUAAUAAACCCUUGAAUCUUCUCUAUUUCGUUUUAUUAGCCAAACCUACACCAAGUAUUAAUUGUAAUUUAUG